AUGAUGACAGUAAUAAGCGGCGGUACUAAUCUUACUGUACCUAAUAUUCACCAAAGUACUGCAUCGACUUUGACAGACAAGGGGGGUCUGAGUCGGCGUAGCACUCAAUUUUCGCCUGACGAACAGAGCGGCGGCGCUUCCAUUGAGCGCGUUAUUACUACACUGUCUUCUCUGUUAAGCAAAGAGGGAAGUAGCUUCACUGUCGCAUUCGACACAAGCAAUUGUGCACAAGUAGUAACUGACUUGAAUUACUCAUUAUGA